AUGAAGUACGCUGCUGUUCUCACCGCUGUUGCGGCUCUCGCCCAGCGGGCUGUUGCUGUCGGCGUUUCGGGCACCCCCGUCGGCUUCGCCGCCUCCGCUACCGGCGGUGGUUCUGCCACUCCCGUCUACCCCUCCACCACCGAUGAGCUGGUCUCAUAUCUCGGUGACGAUGAGGCUCGUGUCAUCGUUUUGAGCAAGACUUUUGACUUCACCGACACUGAGGGAACCACUACUGCCACGGGAUGUGCUCCUUGGGGUACGGCAAGUGGAUGCCAGGUGGCCAUCAACAAGGAUGACUGGUGCACGAACUACGAGCCCGAUGCUCCCUCUGUCUCCGUGACUUACGACAACGCCGGUUCUCUCGGUAUCACUGUCGGCUCCAACAAGUCCCUGAUUGGCGAGGGCACCUCUGGUGUUAUCAAGGGUAAGGGUCUCCGCAUGGUCAGCGGCGUCUCCAACAUCAUCAUCCAGAACAUUGCUGUCACGGACAUCAACCCUGAGUACGUCUGGGGUGGUGAUGCCAUCACCCUUGACGACGCGGACCUUGUCUGGAUUGAUCACGUUACCACUGCUCGCAUUGGUCGUCAGCACUACGUUCUCGGCACCUCCGCCGACAACCGCGUCUCCAUCACCAACAACUACAUCGACGGUGAAUCCGACUAUUCCGCAACGUGCGAUUCCCAUCACUAUUGGAACGUGUAUCUCGAUGGUUCCAGUGAUAAGGUGACCUUCUCCGGCAACUAUUUGUACAAGACCAGCGGCCGUGCCCCCAAGGUUCAGGACAACACCUACCUGCACAUCUACAAUAACUACUGGUCAGACAACUCCGGCCACGCCUUCGAGAUUGGCUCCGGCGGCUACGUUCUUGCCGAGGGUAACUACUUUGAGGAUGUGGACACCGUCCUUGAGACCGACACCUUCGAGGGUGUCCUCUUCUCCUCCGACAGCGCCUCCUCCACCUGCUCCUCCUACAUCGGCCGCUCUUGCGUCGCCAACUCCAACGGUGGUGACCUUACUGGCACCUCAACCACUGCGCUCGAAGCGUUCGAUGGCGAUUCUCUCCCUACUCCCACCGCUGCUGGCACCGGCCCUGCCUCCAGCGCCGGUCAGGGCAACCUGUAA